AUGACUGCCUAUCUAACAAUGAGAGACAAAACAUUGAAGACCGGAGCAUGGACAUCCAAAGUUUUGAAAGGAGGUGCAAUGAUUCAUCCUACACAGACAGAUGGAUGUAGCCGUGGGGUUAUUGUAGUCAUGAUCUGUUGUGAUACUUGUGAUCGAUGGUUUCACACUUCCUGCAUAACCAUGAACGAGAAGGAUUUUGAUGUGGCCAAAAACAAAGACUGGUUCUGCUGCCUCUGCGAUUGA